GUGAAAGGGGUCCGUAUGCAACGCAAUCGUUGUACCCCCGCCUCAUGUUGGCUCGUUGGGCCUGGGCAGGGCACCGCUAUAAAAGCAAACCACGUCGCCCCUCAGAUACGUAGUGUUUUCCCGUGUACUGCACAAGAAAAAUCACCCACAAUGAAGUUCGUCAUUGUCCUUUUCGCCGCUAUGGCUGUUGCCAGUGCUUACCCUGGAUUCUUACACGCACCGGUAGUAGCGCAACCAUGGCUAGCGCCGGAAGCUUGGCCAGCACCCGCACCUACGUACGUUAAGGUCCCUCAAGCUUCGUAUUAUAAGGUUGCAUCAGCACCAAUAGUCAAGGUAUCGGCUCCUCAGGUACACGCUCCGGAAGUGCACCAAGUGCUCCAGAUUCCGCAACAACCAGCUAUUCCACCCCCACACCCCCAGCCCCUCAACAUUAAGAUCCCCCAUGUGCCGACCGUGAAGAUCCCGUACCACGGACCCAAGGUCGCGACACCUCACCUCAUCGGCGUCGAGCACUACGUGGAGCCUCAGAUCAAGGUGGUGAAGGCCGCCCCCAUCUCCCAUCAUCCAUGGGAUUAAAGUUCCGCACGGCACCAACCGAACCAGCUUGGCCAGGGUGAUCCAUCCAUCCUGGGCGAGCCGUCCCGAGGUGCAUCUGGAGUAGCGACGCUUCACGAAUACGAACGAUAACCAUGGCCAACAAUCGAAAUUUUCCUGGGCUGGAAAGAAGCUCGAGACGAUAUACAUUCGAAGCAUCCGACCGAUUUGUCGUUCCCCCGUUCUGCUCUCGUUGAGUUCUUCGUUCUCCAACAAGGGGAAACUGAAACCCCUCCCUCUCUAAAAAUCGAUCGAGGAAUCAUAAUUGAUCGGAGGGAGGGGGAAAGUAUCGUCGAUCAGUAUUAUCCAACGAAUGAACGAACGAUGGACGAGGGACGUCGAGGUUGUGGAUCAAGAUCGACGGCCUCGGGAUCGACGGCGAAAUCGUUUCUUUUUUUUUUCGAACACUCAGGCAAUCUCGAAAGGAAAAGUUUAUCACUAUUGUUUCGAUCCCUUUUCUUUUUUUUUUUUUUUCGGUCUACACGGCGCAACGAAUUUUUUUCACAGUAUCGGUUUCCUGUAUUUUGCCCCUCCACCCCGCCCUCCCCUCUACUUCUUCUUUUCUGGGCACGUAAAAAUUUUUGCGCGGCGAUUGUGUGAUAAUCGAAGAAGACAUCGGACCACUUCAUUGUAUAUUUUCUUCUCUUCUUUCCGCCUACUCCUCCCUCCCCCUACCCCUUAUCAUACUUUUGCAACAACACUUUUAUUUAUUUUCUAAUAAAAGUUAAUUUGUAUGUCUUGUGAUAAAACA